AAAGCGUUCUCUAUCGUUUCUUACGUCGCGAUUUGACGCGUUCAAGGGCUCUCACGUCUGUUAUUUCACGAAAGAAGGAAUCGGCCAGCCGAAAAUCGCGUUGUAUUGUUAUGAGCACCUCCCGACGUGCAGUUUCUACGAAGGGCGGGUUCGCGGCACUAAAGGCAGCGCGACAAGGGCAAUCGCGUUCAAAACAAUGGAAGGACGAUGAAGACAUUGACUUAUAUGAUGAGGUGGAUGAAGCACAAUAUAAGUCAAUCGUCAAAGGCCGCCUUCAACGUGAUGACUUCGUUAUUGAUGAUGACGGUGCUGGAUAUGCGGAUAAUGGGCUUGAAGGAUGGGAUGAUGAUGGACGUCACGGCCUUCAGAUAGAUGAGGAUAGCGAUCAUGACCGCAAUCACAAAAAUAAGUCAUCUAAGCAAUCUAAGUCUACCAAAGGCGCUAGAUUGGAGGCCUCUGCGCCGACACCUGAUGUUUCGGCUUACAGACGAGUGCAUGCACCAGAAAAGGAAGCAGACUUCAUGAGCAACAUAUUCUCCGCCAUGGACGCCGUUAAGCCAAAGGCCAAAACAACAAAGUCUGCUCCUUCGCGACGCAAUAAACGCAAAUCUAGCCCUGUCCAUUACACCUCGUCUGAUCACGACCUAAACAGCCAUAUCGUCUCUGGAUCAAAUGCUUGGAGGGGUGGGAUGGAUAAAAGCGACGCAUCAUCGGAUGCGGAGGCACUGCCAAUUAGCAGUCCAACGCGAGCCCACAAUCCCAAACGAGUCAAAUUCAAUGGAGAGGUGGACCCAAAGGUUAUCAAGGAUGUCUCGAGGCUAAAAGUUGAAGGGGCCGACGAUGCUGAACUUAGUUUUGAUGCCGCCGAUUUUGACGACUGUGAUUUCCAGGACUUCAUGGAAGUUGAUGAAGUUAAAUCUGUGGUGAAGGACCCACCCGUUGCAGAAAAGUUAACGUACGCUCGCUCCUCAGCAAUCGCGGCUCCUAGUAGGGAAGAUGGGACUGGCGCUCCGGCCUGGUUAGAUAUGUACUCCAAGCUGGCCACCAAGACUCAGGACGAAGACACAGACCUUGUGGCCGCUUCUACCACUGCGUCACUCAUUCCUGGCGCUUUCGCCGAUGAAAAUAUACUCGAGAAAGAUGGUUCCUUGCACUUCUUCUGGCUCGACUAUUUGGAGGAAGGUGGGAAGCUGUUCCUGAUUGGGAAGGUUCUCGAUAGGAGUAGCCUCUCGCAUUCUAAGGGUAGGGGGAUGAUAAAGUACAUAAGCUGCCUUCUGAAGCUGGAAGGCAUUGAACGGAAUUUGUUCAUCCUUCCUCGUGAUAAGCGCAUUGAGGAUGGUUUCGUUACCGACAUGACUCCAGAGAAGGAAGAUGUUGAAGCCGAUUUUGACACUAUGCGACGGCAGGUUAAAAUUAAGUCGUAUGCCUCUAAAUGGGUCAAGCGCAAGUACACAUUCGGUUUUAAUGGUGCUGCAGCGGAUAUUCCUGAUGGUGAAUUCGAGUGGCUCAAAGUGUCAUACAGCUUCAAAGACCCGCAAUUUCCUAGCGGAGAUUCGCCUAAUAUCGCGCACAUCUUAGGCACUAAUACGAGCGCCUUUGAACUGUUCGUCCUGAAGCGGAAAAUCAUGGGGCCAUGUUGGAUACGUGUCCAGCAACCCGAAGUGAAACAUGAAGGGAUAUCCUGGUGCAAAGUGGAGGUAUCAGUCAGCGAUCCAAAGCUUGUCAAUCCAUUCUCUGACACAGAUGACACUGCGCCUCGCGACAUGCCUCCCCUCACGGUUAUGAGUUUGUCGAUGCGUUCUGUCGUGAAUCACCAGUUGAACACCAGAGAGGUAAUUGCGGUGAGCACGAGAGUAUGGGAGAAUAAUAAGAUCGAUGACACAAGUCCUCCCGAACAACUCCCCUCUGUGUCGCAUACCGUCGUCAGACCGCUUGGAAAAUAUCCGAACGGUUUUGAGGCCAAAGCCCGAGCGCAGAAGAACAAGAUUAUCCCAGCAACGAGCGAAAGAGCGCUGAUGGGGACACUGCUUGCUCAAAUACAUCGUCACGAUCCGGACAUCAUUAUUGGACAUGAGUUCAUUUCCACCCACUUGGAGAUUAUCCUUCAACGCGCCAGAGAAUUGAAAACUGAGCAUUGGUCACGACUUGGCCGUGUUCGUCGAGCAAAACCUCCUCAUGUAACCAAGUACGGAAAUAUGAAGUUCUUGGCUGGCCGUCUGGUUUGUGAUCUUUCAAGUGAUGGCGCCAAGGGUAUGAUUGCGUCGACAACCUGGUCGUUAACCGAGAUGUGCGCGACCCAACUGAAAGUCACAAGAGAAGACAUCGACUUAGACGACACUCCUAUGUAUCUCGAUGGCACUGUUAGCUCACCGGAGCCCAUGCUUCGCUUUGUUCAGCAUUGCGAGAUGGAUGCGUUUUUUCAGAUGGCUAUUGCGUGGAAGGUGCAAAUACUGCCACUCACAAGGCAGCUGACGAACCUUGCUGGAAACUCCUGGCAUCGUACUCUCACUGGCGCGCGUGCAGAACGAAAUGAAUACAUCUUGCUGCACGAGUUCCACCGCCUGAAAUAUAUUUGCCCCGACAAGUACUGGACCAAGCAGGAUUCGAUAGCCAAGGCCAAGGCUGAGGCUGAGGAAUUCGAAGAUGAAGAUGGUACCGAAAGAACGGUUAAGGGCAAGAACACAAAGUCUAAGGACAAGUAUAAAGGUGGACUUGUGUUUAAACCAAAGCGCGGGCUCUGGGAUAAGUACAUCCUGGUCAUGGACUUUAAUAGUUUGUAUCCCAGUAUCAUUCAGGAGUUCAACAUCGAUUUUACCACCGUUGAUAAGCUUUCUGAUGAAGAUGGGAUUCCGGAUACACCUGAUACUCAGCUAUCUCAGGGUGUUCUUCCUCGUCUUAUCGCCACGUUGGUUAACCGGCGGCGGCAGGUGAAAAGCUUGAUGAAGGAUCGGACCGCUACCCCUGCCAAACUCAUGCAGUGGGAUAUCAAACAACAAGCCCUAAAACUUACUGCAAACAGCAUGUAUGGAUGUUUAGGCUUCACCCAAUCAAGAUUCUAUGCCCGUCCUCUGGCAGCCCUCACAACCUUCAAAGGCCGCCAAAUCCUGACGCAUACGCGAGAAUUGGCAGAAAGUAUGAAUUUAGAUGUGGUCUACGGUGAUACCGACUCAGUCUUUGUGAACUCAAACGCAACGGACCUGGCAGAAGCUCUGAAAACGGCUAACCAGUUCAAGAAGCUGGUAAACGAGCGGUACCGAUUGCUUGAGAUAGACUUGGACGGCGUGUUUCAACGUUUGCUUCUUCUGCAAAAGAAAAAAUACGCCGCCUUGAAAGUCGAUGAAGGUGGAAAAACUAGCAUUGAGAUUAAGGGUUUAGAUAUGAAACGACGAGAAUUUUGUGCCCUGUCAAAAACUGUUUCCGAAUUUACCCUCAACCAUCUCCUUUCGGGAGAAAUGACCGAAGUUGCUGUCGAGAAUAUUCACGAGUACCUCACAAAAGUUGGCCAGGAAGUUCGGGAAGGCAAAAUCCCACUGGAGGAAUACAUUAUCAAUAAACGCUUGGGUAAAAACCCGGAGGAUUUUCCGGACGUGAAGAGCCAGCCUCAUGCCCAAGUGGCUCUGCGACUAAAGGCGAAGGGUCGAUCGCCUCGUGCAGGGGAUGUCAUGCAGUACAUCUUCUGCUUGGGCGAAAACGGAGAGUCGUCUAAAUCUGGUCAAGCUGACCGUGCAUUCCACCCCGAUGAAAUACGUCGAUCCAAUGGGACUUUAAAAAUUGAUUACGACUAUUAUUUGUCUGCACAAGUGCUUCCCUCUGUUGAUCGUCUUUGUGAUUCCAUUGAGGGCACAGAUCGUGCUCGCCUGGCGGAAUGUCUAGGACUGAAUGCCACUGAAUAUACGAAGAUAGUGUCGAUUCCCCAACGAAGCCUUGGAGUGCUCGAUUCUCUAGUCCCUGAUUUCGAGCGCUUCCGAGAUACAACUCCAUUCAUCAUCCAUUGUCAUGCAUGUGCCGCCGACACAGCAUUCUCUCGCUUGUCGGAGACAGAUACCCCAAUCCUAACCACGGUCGGCCCACGCUGUCCGUCAUGCCACAAAGCUCUCCCGCCCGCUAGCUUGGAGCUCCAGCUCGAGCUUCACAUUCGGGAGCACAUUGGGAAAUUCUACGAAGGAUGGACCAUCUGUGAUGACCCUACCUGUGGUAUGCGCACAAGACGCACCGGCGUCCAUGCUCGAAAGUGCCUCCGUCUUGGGUGUCAAGGGAACGUGUCCUUUGAGUACACCGAUGCUAUGUUGUACAAUCAGUUGUUGAUGCAUGCUAGUCUCUUCGAUAUUUCGAAGGCACUGAAUGCUGCCGAUCAACAUUCUAAGAAGGAUGAACUUCACGAGAUCAUCGAUUCGAACCAAGCCCUCAUGCGCCAACUCCAUGGAGUAGUAGACAGAUAUCUUAACAAGUGCGGCCGUCGUUGGGUUGACCUAGCAGAUAUAUUCUCAUUCGCGCGUCUUGCAAUGUGACUCUAACAUCAGCUGUACCAUUACUCUGCAUCCUGUGAACUAUAAUACAGUCCAUUGUAUUCAUGCAACCU